UCAGCACCCGGCCCAGGAACCCUCGAAUUAGUAGAAAAUGGAUGCGAUUCAGAUUCCAACCCGCUAUGAUGAGGACUUAAACAAGCAACAAUAUGAUCAGCUCCCUGCGGAUACACAUGGAAUUCGACAGCCUUCAAUGGAGCAGUUAGGCCAACCUGGGACAUCUAAUUCCAUAGAUCAAGUCAGUCUACUGCCUGUUUCCGGAGCAGAAAGGUCGGAGAAUCAGAUGGCAGCCGGAUUUGAGCCGUUAACCCAGCAACAACUUGGUCAACCAGCAGAAAAAUCCACGGCGGAUUCUCGUUCCACAAGAACUAUUAUAGGUGAGAAUGAAAUUAGUGAAGCAGAAUGGAAACAGCGCGAAAGUAGUAGGGCGAGAGAUAAAGCAUAUAAGACAAAGAAAAAGCAAAAACAAAAGCAAAUGAAGUCCGAUCUGAAGAAAUUUAAGGCUGAAAAUCUAUUGUUAAGGGAAACACUGGAGCGGAAGCCAAAAAACACAGAAACUGAAAAUGGAUAUGAUAUUGAAGCAAAUAGAGGCAAUGCUUGCGAUAGAUCGGGUCAGAAUUACAGAAAGUUAAUAGCCAAACCAAAAUAGAACAUUAAAUUUUUUGUUUAACUUAGAGAAUUGUGGGGGUGAACAAAUUAGCGAUCCUUAAGUAUAGAACUCAAAAUUUCAUAUUCUAACAUCUUUUCGUGAAAGAUGUAUGGUUAUCGUGCAGCUUAGUGUUGGAUAAAAAUAAAAAAAAAUAUUAAUU